UUAAUGUGACUCAGUAUUACAGUGUCGGUGUGGGAGAGGAUAUCACCGUGGUGACUUGGUUCCUGUUUUGCAGCAUAACAUGACAGUUAAAGGAAGCAGAAAUACCCUGCCUGCACUGACGUGGGGAAACGUGGGGGGCAGGAGGAGCGAUGGUGGGGGACAUGAGGUGCUGGAAACGUUUUGUUUUAUAACUGUGACCAAAGAGCUAGCGCUGAGGAAAUGGACGAGGCAUACAUUGGUUAGCAGCAGGAAUUAAAGGCUGUGUGUGUGUAACAGGGUUUAAUCCCUUAAUGAGAAAAAUAUAUCCAUGCUGCCCAUGAGCAGGAGAGCGGAGCAAGGAGCUGCAUGAACGCUUGUCUUUGUGUGCGAUACCUGCUGGAGACUUUGUCCUGAGGAUACUCAGGAGCUGGGAUGGGACCUGGGAAUGGCAGCAAGGGCAAAAUGCUUCUAGGGCAGGGGGAAGGACAGCGAUAUUUCAAUGCUGUGUCAGGGACGGGGAUGAAUUUGUCUCAGAUGAGGGCGGGUGGCCAAAGAGCACCCUGCCAGGUUUCUUCUAUCACUUCCCGAGAGCACUAAUAGGCUCUGCUCCCUUGAUUAGUUGGUGGCUGUGCGGAGCGGUAAUGAGUCUGGAGCCAGGCUCAAACCGUGAAUUCUAGGUAGGGCCGGGCCGUGAGGAGCAGCAUGGACCUGGAUGUGCUGAACAUGUUCGUCAUAGCCGGUGGCACCCUGGCCAUCCCCAUCCUGGCCUUCGUGGCCUCCUUCCUCCUGUGGCCCUCGGCACUCAUCCGGAUCUACUACUGGUACUGGCGUCGAGCGCUGGGUAUGCAGGUCCGAUACGCCAACUACGACGACUAUCAGUUUUGUUACUCCUAUAGAGGGAGACCUGGGUACCGGCCGUCUAUCCUGAUGCUCCAUGGCUUCUCAGCCCACAAGGACAUGUGGCUGUCCAUAGUCAAGUUCCUCCCCAAGAACCUGCACUUGGUGUGCGUUGACAUGCCUGGGCACGAGGGCACAACCCGCUCGGCCUUGGACGAUUAUUCCAUUAUGGGACAAGCGAAGAGGAUCCACCAGUUCGUGGAGUGCAUCAAGCUGAACAAGAGGCCCUUCCACCUGGUCGGCACCUCCAUGGGUGGGAACGUUGCUGGAGUCUAUGCCGCGCAGUACCCAGAGGACAUCUGCAGCCUGACUCUUAUCUGCCCCGCGGGUCUGCCGAGUUCCACCGACAGCAAGUUUGUCAAGCAGCUCCGGGAGCUGCAGGAGUCCGAGCGCAUCGACAGGAUCCCUUUAAUUCCCUCGACGCCCGAGGAGAUGGCCGACAUGCUGAAGCUCUGCUCCUAUGUUCGCUUCAAGGUGCCGCAGCAGAUCCUCCAGGGCCUGGUUGACGUCCGCAUCCCACACAACGAUUUCUAUCGGAAACUGUUUUUGGAAAUCGUGGAUGAGAAGUCCAGGCACUCCCUCCAGGAGAACAUGGGCAAGAUCAAAGCGCCGACGCAGGUCAUCUGGGGAAAGCAGGACCAGGUCCUGGAUGUUUCUGGUGCCCACCUCUUAGCGAGCGCCAUCCCGGACUGCCACGUGUCCAUCCUGGAGAACUGCGGACACUCGGUGGUGGUGGAGCGGCCGCGGAAGACGGCGAACCUCAUGCUGGAGUUCCUGGCGCUGCUGCACAGCACGGGCAACAGCAAAAAGCAGGCGUGAUGGGGCUGAUGCCAUGCCUGGGAGUCGUAACCUACUGAAGCGUCGAUGAGUUCUCAGGGAUCUUGUACAAACCGUGGUGAACGUGCCAAAGUCCCUGAGGCAGGCAGAGCCACUGAUACACGAACCUGUAGCACUACUGACACACUGAUCUAGGAACUCUGAGCAACCUUCGUAGAUGCAGGAACAGGAUCCGUACCUUUUCUACUCCUAGGUAAAAGUGAGCUGAAAUGACAAAACGCUAGCCAUGCAGUGUGCUGAAGCUCCCUAUGCAGCCCAUGUUAUCCCAGUUACCUGCAGAUAGCUGUUAAUGACCUUUACCUGAAGUAUACAAGCGCAGGAAGGGGGAAGCGCCCCGGGCCGAGACUCGCUGUGCCCCCUGCACCCAGACCCCGCGUUGCAUGCCGCCGUGCUGCGAGAACCCGUGCUCCAGCGCAGCGCCCUCCGUGUAGCUCCUUACCUUGUCAGUCACGCAGGACACAUGAGAAACACGCGUGGAAGGCAGACGGCUGUGUGUGCAAACCUGUUUACACUUCUGGCGAGCGGAUUUUCUCCAAUCCCCGAGCAGCUCCUGUGCAUGUGUGAUGCCUUAACAGCCCCCGGGCAGCCUGCGCGUGCAGCCAGUGCAGGGGCGAGUGCGUGUCUCGGCUCUUUUCUAUCCCGUCGUGCUGCUGAACACUCCAAUGUAAAUAACGAACUCCUUAAUGAAUUCUGUGAAUUCUGUGGGUGGUGACGGUGCUGGAAAUGCAUGGAAGAGGGGGAAGCGUGGUCGCAGUAACGGGUGGCUCCAGCGCGCCCGCGAGGCUGCCGGCGCUUGUAUUUCUGAGCCAUCUUCUUGCCAUCGGUCCGAGGUACUACAACCUGUACAUAUGUUUGAAACUCCCCGGUGGUUUCUCUGCUCUUUUUGAGAGAAGAAACGUUUGUUCUUUUAGAAAAUUAGAAAUUUGGUGUUAAUUGCUUGGUUAUUGUUUCUACUACAGGAGUUGAUUAAAAAAAAAAAAACAUUGAUAGUUUUAUGUGGUAAAAGGCAGAAAAAAUUGUUGGAUCUCUAUGGUUUCUCAUAUGCCACAGAUUGCUGUAUUCAGGGGAUUUAUAUGGCUAUUAAAAUCUAGUAAUUUAAAGA